GUCGCGAAACAAAUUACACUUGACGGCUGAGUUAUAGGACGGCUGGCUUAUACCAUUCAGAUACGUUACGGCUGAGUUAUGCAUACUUUACAACUGAGUUAUGCAUACGUUACGGCUAAGUUAUAAUCAAAUUACGGCUGAGUUAUGCAUACGUUACGACUGAGUUUAUAAUUUUUAUAACUUUAUAGUUCUAUAGUUUUGGGUUUGAGGUUCAAAUUUAAGAAAAGAUUAAAGUUUUAAUAUUGUGUUCAAAAGAUAAACUUUAUAAUUUUUAUAACUUUAUAGUUCUAUAGUUUAGGGUUUGAGGUUUAAAUUUAAGAAAAUAUUAAAGUUUUAAUAUUGUGUUCAAAGUUGAAGGAAUGAUUUUUUCCCGCCCGCGAAAUAUAUUACACUUAACGGCUGAGUUAUAGGAACGUUACGACUAGCUUAUACCAUUUAGAUACGUUACAGUUGAAUUAUGCACACUUACAGCUGAGUUAUGCAUACCUUACGGCUGAGUUUAAUUAUAAACCAACCAUAAUCUAUAACCUAGAAACAAUAAAGCUUGCAGCCGUGUCGACAAAAUCUAAACUUAACUAAACCACCGCGUGUUUCUUCCAUAUCACGAGAGCCGGGAGGUCAUUAUUUUCUUCUUCCUUCGCCACCGCAGUCUCGUUACCACGAGAGCUCCGACGUCUUCAAGCCACACAACGGUUUUGCUAUCUCCUCCACCAUCAAGCUCAUCUGCCUUAUCCACCUUCUUCUAGUAACAAGAACAAAUUCAAAACACAGAGAAAGAGCGAGAGAGAUUGAAAGAGAGAGAGGUGGCCAGUGUGGUGACAAGCGGUGGUAGUGGCGACUACGGUGAAGAUGGAGACCGGCAAAAAUGGAUCUGAGAAACAGAAACAAGGACGACGUUGGCAAAUAUAGAUGGCGACGAGCUCAAUAUCUGUGACUACGGCGAAGACCAGUUUUCUUCAACACUUUUUUUUUCUCCGACAAUCUUCUUUUCUUCUUUGACGUUUUUUCUUCUCUCACUUCUAAGAUUUACAAACCAAAUAUACUAAGGCAUAAGAAAUGAAUGAUAAUGUAUGAAUCUCUCUUGUUUACAAGACAGAAAGUGAGAGAGAUGAAGAAGAUCUGGAACUGUAAAGAACUCUCGAAGGAGAGAGAAGAGGAGAAGGAGACGUCAAAUAGAAGAGAGAUAGUGAAGAAAAAAAUGCAUUUUAAACCAUUAGAUCAAAACUAAUCAAUGGUCAAGAAUUGUAAUCCUUGUACUAAAAAAUCUAACCAAUGAGAAAGAAGUUAGAAGAUAACCACUAGAUGGAUUUGUAGCCCUUAGAUUAAAACAAUCAAUGGUUAAUGUUUUAAUUUUGAUGGUUAAAAUUAUAUUUUAUAUUAAAAUAUAUUUUUGAUAAAGCUUUAAAUUUUAAAACUUGGAUUUUAUGAUUAUAUGUUGAUUUUUGAUGUAUGGUUUAAAUAUGAAGUUUAAAGUUUAGGGUAUAUAACUGAGUGGGUUUAGGGUUUGGUAUAUAGUGUUUUGGGUUUCGAUUUAAGAUUUAAGAUUAUAUUUUUAAAUAACAAAAAUAUUAGAGUUUUAACAUUUGUAGUUAGAAUUUAUGGUAGAUGAUUAAUUAAUUUUUUUAAAAAGUUUGAAGUUUAAUGUUUUAUGGUAGAGGUCAAAGUAUGUGGUUCAAGGUUUAGGGUUAAAGGUUCGAAAUAGAUAUAGUUUGAGAUAACGUUUUGAAAAUAUUUAACUUUAUAAUUUUAUAUUUAAUAUUUGUAGUUUAAAUUUUAAUACAUUAUAAAAUAUUAUAAUUUUAUAUUGAAAAUAUUGAACCCUUAGACUAAAAUCAAUCAAUGGUCAUGAAAAAAGCAAUAUAAUUUAUAAUUUUAGUUCUUUUUAAUUUGUUUUAAAAAUUGCUUAAAACUUAAAAAAUGUAGUUACGGGUUUAAAUCAAAAUUUUUAAAUUAAAGAUUAUUUUUUUUAAAUGAUUAAAAUUUGAGUUUAACUCAAAACUAUAAACGUAAACUUUAAACCUAAACCUUAAACUUUAAAUAAUAAUAAAAAUAUUGGAUUUAAUGUUCAAAGAUAAACUUUAAAUUUUUAUAACUUUAUAAUUCUAUAGUUUAUGAUUUGAGGUUUAUAUUUAAGAAAAGAUUAAAGUUAGAGUCUUGUAAGUCAGAAUUGUAUAAGUGAUUGUAAGAGAACAUAUAUCUCAAGAUCAAGUUAAAGUCUCAACUUGAAGUUUAAGAAACUAUACACAUUCAGUUGAUUUUAUAUUCACUUGAUAUUGAUAAGAUGAUCUUCAAUAUAACUUCUUAAAGUACUUGAAUUCAGUUUUCUGAUUUUAGGGUAUGUUUGAGGUAUUGUUGAUUUAUAUAAACGAUACGGCUGAGUUAUUUUAACAUUUUUUUGAUUUUAAGGUAUGUUUGAGGUAUGGCUGAGUUAUGUAAACGACACGGCUAAGAUAUAUAAACGACACGGCUGAGUAGUGUAAACAUAGCAUAAAUCAAACACACAAUACAUGGGUGAGUUAUGUUUUUUACAUAGAAUAGAAAACCAAAAAUACAGGUUUUCUGCACCAUUCCGGUAUUCGUCCAUGUAUCCAAGCUUCAAUGAACUCCUCUGUGCCGUCUCUACUGAAUCUGUCACUUCUUUACAUCUCCUUCAUUUUCUUUUUGUUCAAUUUUCUCUCACUCAGAUCUAAAAAAAAAAAUAGAUUAUCAAAAUAUGGGUAUGAAAUCACAAACAAACUUAAUUAAAUACAUCCCACAAUUGUUGAUCUGGGUAUUUUUUGGAAUGUAUUUGUCUUUUCUCCUCAGAAUGCACACUUCUUAUAGCUAGGUUUUCGGAGAUUGGCAGAAAGUAACCCAGCCACAACUGCAUAUAUAAACGAAAUUGCAUAUAUAAACCAGCCGUAAAAGAAAAGUAACUCAGCCACAACAUAAAUUAAAAUUCAGCCACAAACUCGAAAAACGCAGCAGAGAAGAUGAUUUCGGGAGAUUACAGCGAAAAAUAUUUCGUAAAAACGAUCGGAGACGACGAUUUCGGGGAAGACGAUAUCGGAGAAGACAAGACAGAGAGUUAGUUCGAGGAAGACUGAGUAAACACAAUGUCGAUGACGAUUUCAGGGAAGAGGCAGUUAGGGUUCCUUUAGUUCUUCGACGAAGUUGUGCUGUGUUGUUGUGUUCUUUUUUCAACGUUAUGUGGAUACUUAAUUAGUGAUGUAGAUUUAAUGUUUAAAAAUAAUUUCAAUUAAAAAAAAACUAACCAAAAACCCUUAUUGUCAUUUACUAGGAGUAUCCAAGCACUUUAAUAAUUUUUAAAAGAUGUAUAACACUCUAAUAAUAAACCAACUUUUCUUAUACAUUACAGUAAUUUUCUAUUUUCUUUUUCCGCCGUUUAUAAUCAAAAUAUAUAAUACACAUUUCAUCUUUGGACCCACCUAACCCUACCUACAAUAGGAUGUUCAUAUUCUCCCGGGCUAUAUAUAGUUGCAUUUCUCAAUCUCCCAAUACACCAAACACACAACAAAGAGCAAUAAACAAUUCUCACCCCACUCAAGAUCUUUCAUCCUACUCUCAACAUCUAAAUGGCUUCUAAUGAAGAAGGCUCUAUUGGAACCUCCUUGCAUGGAGUCACUGCAAAAGAACAAGUCUUCUCCUUCUCUGCCGAUGCUUCAUCCCAAGUUGUCCCAUCGAACGACCCAACUUCUAAAUUCGCCCUUCCUGUUGAUUCGGAACACCGGGCCAAAGUGUUCAACCCACUCUCAUUUGCUAAACCUCACAUGAGAGCCUUUCACUUAGGAUGGAUCUCAUUCUUCACUUGCUUCAUCUCAACCUUCGCCGCUGCACCUUUAGUCCCCAUCAUCCGUGACAACCUCGACCUCACCAAAACCGACAUCGGGAACGCAGGAGUAGCCUCCGUCUCCGGUGCCAUUUUCUCAAGGUUAGCCAUGGGAGCGGUUUGUGACCUCCUCGGAACACGGUACGGAACCGCCUUCUCGCUCAUGCUAACCGCUCCAAUGGUCUUCACAAUGUCGUUUGUGACCGGCCCGGUUGGAUACUUAGCCGUCCGGUUCAUGAUCGGGUUCUGCCUCGCCACGUUCGUGUCUUGCCAGUAUUGGACCAGCGUCAUGUUUAACGGGAAGAUCAUAGGGCUAGUGAACGGCUGUGCCGGUGGGUGGGGCGAUAUGGGAGGUGGAGUUACUCAGCUACUCAUGCCAAUGGUCUUCCACGUCAUCAAGUUGGCAGGAGCCACUCCGUUCAUGGCUUGGCGCAUAGCAUUCUUCGUCCCUGGCUUUCUUCAAGUAGUAAUGGGCAUCCUCGUCCUCACUUUUGGCCAAGAUCUUCCUGAUGGUAACCUCAGUACCCUUCAGAAGAGUGGUCAAGUCUCUAAAGAUAAAUUCUCCAAGGUUUUCUGGUUCGCUGUGAAGAACUACAGAACAUGGAUUUUAUUCGUUCUUUAUGGAUUUUCCAUGGGAAUUGAAUUAACUAUCAACAACGUUAUCUCCGGAUAUUUCUUCGACAGGUUUAACCUAAAACUUCAAACAGCCGGUAUUGUAGCCGCCAGCUUCGGAAUGGCAAACUUCUUCUCCCGUCCUUUCGGUGGCUACGCUUCUGAUGUAGCAGCCAGACUAUUUGGCAUGAGAGGCCGGUUAUGGAUCUUAUGGAUCUUUCAAACCGUGGGAGCUCUCUUUUGCAUCUGGCUAGGUCGUGCUAAUUCACUUCCCAUAGCCAUUUUGGCAAUGAUACUUUUCUCAAUCGGCACACAAGCCGCUUGUGGAGCCCUCUUCGGGGUUGCACCAUUCGUCUCGCGUCGCUCUCUAGGGCUCAUAUCGGGACUAACUGGCGCGGGAGGAAACUUCGGAUCCGGUUCGACUCAACUGCUUUUCUUCUCAACUUCGAGGUUUAGUACAGCGGAAGGACUCUCGUUGAUGGGUGCUAUGGCGGUUUUGUGCACGCUGCCGGUUGCGUUUAUACAUUUUCCGCAAUGGGGAAGCAUGUUUUUGAGACCGUCUAGCGAUGGAGAAAGGUCUAAGGAGGAAUAUUAUUACAGCUCUGAGUGGACGGAGGAUGAGAAACAACAAGGGUUGCACGAGGGAAGCAUCAAAUUCGCUGAGAAUAGUCGGUCUGAGAGAAGCAGGAAAGUAGCUUUGGCUGACUUUCCGACACCUGAGACUGGAACUCUGAUGCGAACCAAAUGGUUCAAUCAAGAUAACCAAAUCAAACCAGACGUGGUUAAGAAGAUAGAAGGCGUUUCCAAAUUUCCUUAUUGUUGUUUCACGUUUCCGUAAGUGUAGGAGAUUGAUCUCCAUAUCUUUAUUUAUUUAGUUAUGCAAUUAUGUUUCCUAGUUUAUAGGAUUGUGGAUCUAUCCACUAGUACUUUUAGUUUGUAUUUAAAAGGGUCCUUGUAAAGAGAAUGGAUAUGGAAAAAGAAAAUUGACGUAACUAGUUUCUUAAGUCUUUGGGUGCCAUCAUUUGGUAUCAGAGCAAACUCUCUUAGCUUUGAGGAGGGGCCUUAAUUGGCAUCAAAGCAUGUUUUGUUUUUGAUCCGGACCACCUUGUGGUAUCAAAAACUUCUAUCUCUUUUUUUCUAUUUUUCAAAAAAAACAAAAAGAAAACAAAAAUUGUAGUGAUAUAAGAUAUGGGAUGCAAUCAAGAGUUCAUCGAAGAUAUAAAGAUCACACUCCUCCGUCAAAUGCACGAUGAGUUCCAAAAGAUGAACGUUUCUAUGACUGAAAGUUUCAGGAGUCUUGAGGCUACCGUGAAUCAUAUGGUGGAGAUAGUGAGAAUGAUGAAAGCUGGUGAUGGUACUGCAUCUCGUUCGUCACAAACGGUUUCGUCACCAAAGCGCAGACGAGCUCGAUCAACUCGGAUCAGUCACCAACAUCACACUUUCUGGAGCAAAAGACGACACAUACCCAAGAAGAAGAGAAAGAAGAUCUCACCAAAAAAGAAAAGGAAGAAAACAAUGCAAACAAAGAGGAGGAAGCAACAACAAGAAAUUAAGUCUACAAGUCAAGCGUUUGCAUGGAUGUAUCGGCAAGGACUUUCACCAACUGAAGCAACGUGGAAAGAUAAACAAGCUUUCAUAAGAACCUUGAGGACAAGGUUCAUUUUGAAUGGAGGAGUAUUGAUGCGAACCAAAUGGUUCAAUCAAGAUAACCAAAUCAAACCAGACGUGGUUAAGAAGAUAGAAGGCGUUUCCAAAUUUCCUUAUUGUUGUUUCACGUUUCCGUAAGUGUAGGAGUUUGAUCUCCAUAUCUUUAUUUAUUUAGUUAUGCAAUUAUGUUUCCUAGUUUAUAGGAUUGUGGAUCUAUCCACUAGUACUUUUAGUUUGUAUUUAAAAGGGUCGUUGUGAAGAGAAUUGAUAUGGAAAAAGAAAAUUGACGUAA